CAAAACUGUCUAAAAGAUAAGAUGAGAAACAAGCCAAACAUCCACACUGCUGGUCUGACACCCACACAUCAGCAAUGACAUAGUGGCAGAGCUCAGUCCAGUUUUCCACAGUGAGGGUUAAAGUUUGGACAUCAAUUUUAAGACCUUGUUAGUCAUUUUUUUGCUUGUUUUUGGUUGAGGAACGAAACUCACCAUGAAGUACAGGACGGUGGUGAUGUACAUGGAGAUCGGCUGCUUCGUGUCCUGCUUGUGUGGCUGGAUCCUGGUGUGUUCCACUCUUCCCACAGAGUACUGGACUUUCUCUGAGGUGGGCAGCAUCGUGCUGACCACCUCCAACUACUACUCCAACCUGUGGAGGGACUGCAUCUCAGACACCACGGGGGUGUCCGACUGCAAGGAUUACCCCUCCAUGUUGGCUUUGCCUGCGUUUCUACACGCCUGCAGAGCACUGGCUGUCUGCGCCGUCAUCACUGGCUUCUUCGGAGGCGUCCUCACACUCAUAGGGAUGAAAUGCACUAAGAUAGGCGGAUCAGAUCUUGCCAAUUCAAGGGUGACGUUUGCAGGCGGUAUAACCUACCUGGUUUCAGGAUUCUGUGGUAUGAUCACCUACUCAUGGUGGGCCAACAAAGUUGUUACAGAAUUUUUGGAUCCACAUUUCAGGGCACAGAAAUUUGAAAUCGGAGCUGCGGUUUUCGUUGGUUGGGGAGGCUCCAUCCUUCUAAUCUGUGGAGGAACUGUGCUGACUUACUUCUCUGGAAAAGAAGGCCUACCAUCAAGUUCUUCGCAAAGACCACGAAGACCAGCCACUUACGCCACCGCCCGCACCAGACGGACCUACAUGCUACCGGCCUCAUCUUCCAGAGUGACUCUGGUGCCACCGCUGUUCUAUGAAGGCAGGAAGAGCAGAACAACCAGAACACCAACGAGAACUCCUCGGACCUUCAACAGGGACGACUUCGUCUGAGUCAAAGAAGGGCUGAGACAAAGAAAAGACUAUACUAUGCAGGAUUUUACUAAAAAACUAUGUACAGCGACUCUGCCCUCUACCUGUAUUUUCUUAUUAUUUUGCUGUGUUCGGGACACUUCUAGCAUCAACCUUUGGGCAAUGGGUGUGUAGCCCCCAGACAAUAACAGUGCACAGAGUGUGAGGUCGGGACUUGAACCAAGUUUGUUUAGUUGUGUUGUUUCAUUGUGUCCUGCAUUUAUACUUUCCUCUUUGGAAUAUACUCUUUGUUUUUCCUUGUACAUGUUUUUUAAUUAGUUUUUUUGUAAAAUAUUUUUUAAGAGUGUAUAUUGAGCUUUCAGAGACUUAUGUAUUUAGUGAUAGACAAAAUUAAUCCAGCUUUAGGUUUCCUUUCAAACAGGCCCUCCCUUCAUUUCCUUUCAAAUUUCUUUGUGGCUCCAUCAACACAUUUGUCUGUUAAGUCUCUGCUCGCCAGACGAUGGCGCUCAACAUCAGAGAAUCAAACAACCAUGUUGUCUUGAAUGAUUAGUAUCUAUAGUGAUCUAUACCUGACUGAUGAGUGGGCUGUUCAUUAUAUGAGGAAACUGGACACAAUCUCAGACACCUGACAUGAAGAAAAGUCUGGUGAAUAAAAGCAUACAGUACUGUAGAAAAAGUGUUUUUAUUUAGAAUUUAAUUUUUGAAGCUUAGUCUGAAGCCAGACUGGCUCAUGUGCACCUGAAUAUCUAAAUAAAUUAAAACAGAAUCUAUAUCAUUUACAUAGCAGUGCCCCAUGAGCACUGACAGCCCUCCUAUCACAGCCUGCCAGCCUUUCGCACAUGAGCCAAUGAUAUUUAAGAAGGACAAAGCUGCCAGUACAGCUGUCGCUCACCAUAAAAACCCAGUCGCUCAUAUUACAAAUCAGGUUCAUGGCCGACUGAGCCAGUGAGAAUGAGGCACUGCUGUAGAGGAUUUAAUGUCUGCUGUCUCACAGCAUGACAGAUGACAGUUACUAUUAAUUUAAUGACUCACACUUGUAGGUGGCAGAGCUAACAUGGACUAAAGGACAUUUUAAAGCCGGUGGUAAGCUACAGGAGAGAAUUAACAGCAGUUAUUGAAUACAAGGGGGACUGUGCAAGUUUAAAUCAUUAACUAAGGCAAGAGGGUCAAAGUAACUUCAGUGUAGAGCCUCAAAAGUGAGAAGAAAUUAGGUGACAUUACAGUGUUCACACAAAAAUCGUAACACAGCAAUGUAAAAGUGUUUUAAAGUUUAUUGUAGUAUCAGUUUAGUUUUACUACAUAGUUAGUUGAAUUACAUGUGUUUAUUUGUGGCAAGAGUCCCUGAACAGUAAAAUUUUACAGCAGGUUCAAAUAAUACAAUGUGUAAGCUUUACUACACCCGUUUGUGUGGAAAAUAAAUAUUUUUCCAAGCAGGAUGAUCAGGCUCAUCAUCAAUUUUGCGCCAGAAAAAUGCCACUGGAGGGCAGAACCAAAAUAUGUCAGUUAAUGACUAUGCUGUUAUAAAAUCUGCAUAUUGACAACUGUUCCAAGUGUAUCCUGUAUAUUUAGUAUUUGUUUUGUUGCUAGUAUUCUGUAUAGUAAUUCUUG